GGGCCGGGGGGCUGGAAGCUGCGGCAUGCCAAGACCCGCCUCACUGGGUGUCUUCUACUCCAGGGGCCCUGUCUGGGCUCGCUCAGCCCUUACCUGCAUCUCUGCCUGUCCGGAGGGAGGGGUGUCCCGCUUUCAGCACUGUUCCCCUCCAGCGACCGUUAGGCGCUGUCAAGGCCCUGUUUGGUAUCACCGCUGGCUGAGAGAGAGGACCCGUCUCACUCCCCAUACACUGGAACCCCAAGUUGCAAACCAAACAGAGCAGGUUCCAGUCAAGAGGAGGUUUUGUUUCCAUUUCUUUAUGAAUGCUUCAAGUUUGUUUCAUUCCACAAUCUUACUAACCAAAAUAAAUACAUUGUCUUGGAGGCCAUGGCUUUGGAGGCAGCAAAAGUUUUUAUCCCCCCGACUGGCUGUACCUUUAUUCCCGGUAGCAGGAAAGAAGAAUUCUUGUGAUCUUCUUGCAUUAAGUGAAACAGACUUAGAAGAACAGUUUGUAAGAGGUGAUGGCCCAGGAGGUCAAGCAACUAAUAAGACAAGCAACUGUGUGGUCCUGAAGCAUAUUCCAUCUGGGAUCGUAGUCAAGUGUCAUCAAACUAGAUCAGUGGAGCUGAACCGACAAAGAGCCAGAGGAAUCCUGCAGCAAAAAGUUGACCUCUUUUACAAAGGUGAAAAUAGUGACAUUUUUAAAGAGAAAAGAGCAGCUGAGAAGAAAAAGCAAGAAAAGAAAAAAAGAGCAAAGGAGACUCUAGAAAAGAAAAGGCAUAUUAAAGAAAUGCAAGAAUCAGAUGCCAAAUAAGUGUGUGAGAAAAUAUUGAUUUGGCUGGUCAGGAAAAGAAGAGUUUGUCACUACCCGUGAAACAUGUGUUAGAAGUUUUCUGGCUUAAUACUGUUGUAAGACUUCAUAAUAAACACUAUUAAAAUGUU